AAAUAUUUUACACGAAGAAGUAGCAUUAGGAAGUGGUGUUCAUGUUGCUGUAAAUAUCAUAAAGGCAGCAAGGAGAGGACAAUUCAGAGCUUUAUUUCCAACAGCUAUCCCUCACUUUUACUUCAGUUAUCAUAUCUCUUCGGGGGGAAUAAUAUGGAGGAUGUACUGCCCUUGUCUACGAUGAAGCUCCUGGCUCCACCUCUGCGGGUUAUGUCUGCUGUGAUGUGGAAGGUGGUUCAUCAGAGGAACAUCACGCAUUAUGGGAAAGUAGAGGAGUUUGUGUCUUUGGUGGCUGAAGCCAUCCCCGGCAUAUUUAACAGUAGACAGAUGGGAUUACUCACUCUAGGCUUAAGAGCAAAGAUGACUUUACAGAUGUUAUGCUCCGACCAGUCAGAGCAUCUCAAAACAAAGUUGGAGAGCUUCCUAUCAUCCCACUCAAACCAGCUUCAGCCAGACAAUGAAGCACUUGAAGCCAACUUUGUGAGACUUGUUCAUGGACUUCUGGAAGAUCCAAAAGAGAGAGACCACUUCCUCAAGAAUGUGUUUCCUGUGGACUAUGGUCCUGACUUUGAUGCAGCACUGGAGACACUGGUUUGUGAGUUUUUCAACCGACUGGAAGAGCUAGUGCUUAUACCCAACUUUAAACAGACUGCAGGGUGGAUCAGUGACACCCCAUCUAUCCUAGAAGAGUACACACAAUGUGUAAACAAGAGUGAUGACUUCAAAAUAUUGCUCAGAAGCAACAUGCACCAAGAUAAAAAGGUUGAGAUGGACUCCACUGUUCCCUCGGAGCAGCAGCUUUUUUCAUCAUUGUCUCACCCCUCUUCAUUAAGAGACGCCAAGCACCAGGAUGUUCAAUGUGACACACAGACUUAUGUAAAUGUAAGUGAAUCUGAAGCAUUAUUAGCUCAUCGGGGCCCCAGAGAUUUGGAGAACCGGGAUUCAAGCUGGCCAUCUGAGGAGGAAGCAGAUAGCAGUCCUCAUCAAACAACAGGAGAGAAAUGCACCGACAGCAUUCCAGAUGUUCACAUUGUGGAGGAGAAUGAUGACCAAGCUUCAGCUCCGCCUACAUCUGCUGAGAGUGCUGUAUUGUCCAGCUCUAGGAUUGCCCCCCCUCGGCACAGAGUUGCCCACAAAUGCACUCAGUGCGGGAAGUGCUUCAUAUACCGUUACGAACUUCUGGAACACCAAAGGCUGCACACUGGAGAAAACCCUUACAAGUGUUCUCAGUGUGGAAAAGCCUUCAGGAGAACAUCAGACAUGUCCACUCACAGAAGAAACCAGUGCACAAAUGCAGCAUAUAUAUGCAUCAAAUGUGGAAAUAGCUUUCAGUCGAUGAAGGACAAACUUAGACACAGGUGUGUUCAUAGUGCUCAAAGGUUUGACUGUUCCCAGUGUGGAAAAAACUUUAAGAAAAUGUAUUUGCUGAGAAAACACGAGUUAAAUCACAGCCAGAGCCGAAUCUUUACCUGCAGACAAUGUGGGGAAGUGUACCCAAGUAUGAGUGAGCUGAGAACUCAUCAGAGGACGCACCCUCCCGAGCUGUCCAAUCAGUGCAUGCAGUGUGGAAAAUCCUUCAGCUCCGCUGCUUGUCUGACAGCCCAUGAGCUGCGACACAGACAAAAGAAAACACAGAUCUGCAUGUGCUGUGGCAAAGCUUUCAAGAACAAACACGAGCUGAAUCUUCACAUGCGCAGCCACACGGGUGAGAAGCCUUUUCAGUGCACGUACUGCGGAAAACGCUUCUCUGUGUCAGGAAACCUGAACGUACACAUAAGAAUUCACACAGGAGAGAAACCAUAUCUAUGUUCUGACUGUGGCAAGGCUUAUAUUUCAGCUGGUGAGCUGCAGAUACACAGACGCACACACACAGGGGAAAAACCGUACAAAUGCACUGUAUGUGGGAGAGGAUUCAACAUGUCGGGUAAAGUGACUCUUCACAUGCGCGUGCACACUGGGGAGCGGCCUCAUGUCUGUACAGAGUGUGGAAAAGGUUUCUCACGGGGCUGGGAUCUGAAGAAGCAUAUGAUGAACCACACGGGCGUCCGACCAUACGCUUGCCAGCUGUGUGCGAAGACUUACACAUGCCUCAAUCAUCUAAAGAGACAUUUAAAAACACACAGUGAAGUCCACACCUCACCUGCAUGAUGCCAUGUUUAGGUUUGGCCUUAUCCUUCACUGUUCAUGACUGUUUGCUUUGAUUGUAACCUCUUUAAUGGUUUAGGUUCAGCUGUUUUUGGACCUGCCACAAUGUUACAUAAUUUUUUUUUUUUUUUAAGAAUGCCCAUUAAAACCUCUUCCUUCUGUGUUAA